CAGCAGGCCAACAUCAGAGAAGGACACAAAAAAGAGCCUCCCUCGACGUGAAGAGCCGCAUCAGGAGUCAGCCAUGGAUGAACAGCAGGAGUACCAGACGAACGUAUCACGAUGCAGGGACGGAGCACCAGAAAUCCAAAAAUAGCAGGAGUGCAUCUGGAGCAGUCCGCAGCGCCGCAUCAUACAGGAGUCGUCGGCUCCCCCGGACAGCAGGCCAACAUCAGAGAAGGACACAAAGAAGAGCCUCCCUCGACGUGAAGAGCCGCAUCAGGAGUCAGCCAUGGAUGAACAGCAGGAGUACCAGACGAACGUAUCACGAUGCAGGGACGGAGCACCAGAAAUCCAAAAAUAGCAGGAGUGCAUCUGGAGCAGUCCGCAGCGCCGCAUCAUACAGGAGUCGUCGCGUUGGGAGGCAGCAGCGAAGCCACUGCAAGUAAUAUGCAGACACCUCAACAAAUAUUGGCGAGAGUUCGCAGUGUUAACGGCAGGCGGCAGAAAUCGCGCUGGAU